ACACCGGGACGCUGCAGACGCGGAGCAGAGUAGGAGGAGAAAGAGAAAGAGACAAGGGUCAUGGCCACGACCAAUGGAACCUUGGAGAACGGACAACCAGACAAGAAGAUGCCUCCCUUGCCGCAUCCCAUCAGGAACCUGGAGGUCAAGCACACAAAGAUAUUUAUCAACAACGAGUGGCAUGAAUCCAAGAGUGGAAAAAAGUUUCCAACCUAUAACCCUUCAACUGUAGAGAAAAUAUGUGAAGUGGAAGAAGGAGACAAGCCUGAUAUAGAUAAGGCUGUGGAGGCCGCAAAAGCAGCAUUCCAGAGGGGAUCUCUAUGGAGACAAAUGGAUGCCCUGAGCAGAGGCAGGCUCCUUCACAAACUGGCCGACCUCAUGGAGAGGGACAGGAUCAUCUUGGCAACUCUGGAAACCAUGGACACAGGAAAACCUUUCCUUCAUGCCUUCUUCAUUGACCUGGAGGGGUGUAUCAAAACACUAAGAUACUACGCAGGGUGGGCAGACAAGAUACAUGGCAGAACUAUUCCAGCAGAUGAAAAUGUUGUGUGUUUUACCAGGCAUGAACCAAUAGGUGUAUGUGGAGCAAUUAUUCCUUGGAACUUCCCAUUGAUGAUGCUUAUUUGGAAGAUGGCACCAGCCCUGUGCUGUGGGAAUACCAUCGUUAUUAAGCCAGCUGAGCAGACACCCCUAACAUCACUUUAUCUUGGAUCUUUGAUCAAAGAGGUGGGAUUCCCUCCAGGAGUGGUGAACAUAGUUCCAGGCUAUGGACCGACAGCAGGAGCAGCUAUUUCUUCACAUCCUAAGAUCGACAAAAUAGCCUUCACUGGAUCAACAGAGGUUGGAAAGCUCAUCAAAGAAGCUGCUUCUAAAAGUAAUCUAAAAAGAGUAACUUUAGAGCUUGGAGGGAAAAAUCCAUGUAUUGUUUGUGCUGAUGCUGAUUUGGAUUUGGCAGUAGAGUGUGCCCACCAGGGAGUGUUCUUUAACCAAGGCCAGUGCUGCACAGCUGCUUCCCGAGUGUUUGUGGAAGAACAGGUCUACCUUGAAUUUGUCAAGCGGAGCGUAGAGUAUGCCAAGAAGAGACUCGUUGGAGACCCAUUUGAUGUCCAGACUGAACAAGGGCCGCAGAUUGAUCAAAAACAGUUUGACAAAAUUCUGGACCUGAUAGAGAGUGGAAAGAAAGAAGGUGCUAAAUUGGAAUAUGGGGGCUCAGCCAUGGAAGAUAGGGGGCUAUUCAUAAAACCUACAGUGUUUUCAGAAGUUACAGACAACAUGCGGAUUGCCAAAGAAGAGAUCUUUGGACCAGUACAGCCAAUAAUGAAGUUCAAAAAUAUAGAAGAAGUUAUAAGAAGGGCAAAUAGUAUUGAGUAUGGACUCACUGCAGCUGUAUUCACAAAAAAUCUUGAUAAAGCAUUGAAACUGGCUUCUGCGUUAGAGUCUGGUACAGUCUGGAUCAACUGCUACAAUGCCAUCUAUGCACAGGCUCCAUUUGGUGGCUUUAAAAUGUCAGGAAAUGGCAGAGAACUAGGCGAAUAUGCUCUUGCCGAAUACACAGAAGUGAAAACAGUUACUAUUAAACUCAAUGAGAAGAGUCAUUGAACGGGAGAUAUCCUUCCUUAAGCAUCUGACGUUCUGAAUGUGGCAGAGAAAUUUUGUAGAACACAGCACUUCUUUAAAAAAAAUAACUUUAUUUCUUCUAGGACUUUUAAAUCCACCGGAUUUUGAAAGUUUUCUCUCAUUCAUGUUCACCUUCAUUCAUCUAAACUCUGGAGGGCUCCAUUAGCCACCUGUGAAUUUUGUCAUACUUUAUAGUAGUCAAAUUAUCAGCUAUCAUUAGAGUUUUGCCCCUUCAGACCUGGUCAUGGGGGACAGUGAAGAAGCUCAGGGCAUUGUUAAAAAACCGGCAUUUCCAAAAACAAUGACGUCUGACCCUCGAUUGAAAAGCACAUGGUCAGAUUUCUUGUCUCUGUUGAGAACUUGGCAAAAAGAAAAAGUCUUCUCUAGACCUAGGGAGGAGAAACCCUAUAAUUUUUAGUGAUGAAUCUUGUCAAAGACCUCUUCCCCCACCCCCACCUCCACCCCCACUAAGACCAGCCUACCUGAACUCUAAGGUUCAUUCUAGUCUUAUUAUUAGUCUUAUAUUAAGCACAAGUGGACUUGGCCAUUCAGCCAGAGGUUAGGUAGAAAACACACAAGCUGAAUGACAUGAAUUAAUGUAAACUUUAAGUCUACUUUGAUUUGAAGAUUAUAAUCCUGUGUCAAGUUCCUUCAUGUAGGGGUGUUAAUCUCAUUAAAGGACAGAAUGAACAGUGAUUAAUUUGGCAGGCAGUUUUCUUCAUUCAUAAUAUGGUAUGCCUACAUUACUUGGUUUAAAUAUAAGUCCCCCAAAUAUCACUCAUUCAGUAGCCCCCAAAACAUACUACAUACAACACAUAUAUGUCCUGCCAAGCACUUUCUUUUAUCGGGGGAAAAAGAGACUUUUGCACCUCAUUUAGCACAAAGAUUUCCUCUAUCUUAUAAAGUCUAGCAGCUUGGUAUAUGCUUAACUUUUAAGCACAACACGGGAGAUUUUCACAGCAGUUUCACCGAGAGCCCUGUAUCUGUGUAUCUAUCCCUAGGAUGGUAGAGUCAGAACAUUAAUCAAUCAAUCAACACUUAUUAUGUGCCAGGUACUGUGCUAAGCUCUGGGCAACAAUCAGUAAGCAGUUAUUAUGUACCUAUUAUACACCUACUAUGUACCAGGCACUGUGCUAAGCACUAGGCAUUAACAAGCUACUUAAAGCAAGAACUCUUUUUUUCCCCACAAACUGCAAUUCUGUAUCAGGUAGUAAUGCUCUGUGGUUAUCCCUAAGACCUUCUUCUGCCCUCUCUCCCCUCUGGAGCACUGAUCAUAAAUAACAAGUCCUGUUUGUUGUUUUUAAUAGAACUUUAAAGUGCAUUUUUUAUAGCAAUCCUGUGAAGUAGGCAGCAUAACUAUUAUUAUCCCCAUUUUUCAGUUAAGGAAACUGAGGCCCACCAAGUUUCAAUGAAUUAUGCAGUCACACAGCUAGGAGGGACUUUGAACUCAAACCCAUAUUUUCCAACUUCAAGUUCCAGGGCUCUUCCCACUAGGUCAUGCUACUUAUUGAUCCAAAUUGCUUAGGAAGACUUACAUACUACUGGAAAGAUUGGUGUCACCUAGCCUUACUUUACAAGUCUGCUAUUCAUAUUGAUUUCUAAUUGAUUCAGCAAAUAACAAUAUGGACUGAGUGGAGGCAAGAGGUCUCCUACUACACCUGAGUGGUUUAGGAAUAUUGCUUUUUAAAAAAAAGUUGUGAAUUUUUCUCACCUUUUUAUAUAACAAAAACUUAAGAUGUUCUGUAACUCCAAACUUGGGAAUGCUAUAAAUUUUCCUAUUGGCAUUGCAAUAUCAAAGCUUAUUUUAAAAAAAAAUUCUUAAGGCAUACUUUAAAGUAUCACCUAACUGGUAUUUUUUUCUAGAUGUGAAAAAUGAUGCUUAUAUUUGAGAUGGGGGAGGGGGUAGCAUAACAAAAUGAAACUUCAAAAAUAAAAAUCAACAUGUGUAUACAGAGAAUCAUGUAUAUGAUAUAGAAUUGCUAUCCUUUUGUAGAAAAUAAUGCCAUAUGUAAUUCACUGUUUUUUUCUAUCAGUUAAGAUUCAACAUAUUGUCUUAUUAUUUUGUUAAAUCAGGGUUUGACUUUACACACUGAACUUUCUGAAUUUUUUCUUACAUAACUUCAGACACUAACUUUAAAAAUAAUCCCUCAGAGGGUUCCUCUUCUUUCAUUGCACAGUUAUGCUUUUCAUAUGAAAUGCUACUUAAAUUGUUUAAAUAUUUAUAAUUAGUAUACAGUAUAUCCUAUUUUUUAUAGCUGAAAGUACAUGGAAAUGGUAUGUUUAAACUUCUUGUAUAUACUGUAUUUAGAAAUGGAAAUCUAUGUAAUAUUAGGUUUUCUAUUCUUUAAAGAUUUACCUUUCUGUGGUGUGGUUUAAAAAAAAAACCCACUAUAAUCCUGCGAAUUCUAAUUCCACUGCAGAUUAAGUUUAAAGCAAUGCAACACCACUUUUAAAACAGAAUAAA